CUGGCGUCUGUUUUCGCCAAAAUGGCUGCGGCCUGUUGUGGGUCGGACUCUUGGAAUUUGGACAUCAAAAUCAAGUCCAUCGAAAAGACCAUCGCCCCCCUGGUGCAACAGAUCAGCACGCUGGUAAGCGCCAAGGACCGGGCGCUGCGCAGCGAGCAGGCGGUUCGAGCGCGCGUCGGCCAGGCUGUCAACCUGGCCGUGGAGCGGUUUGUGUCGGUCGGCGAGGCCCUGGCUGACGACAACGUCGAGAUCAAGCUCGACAUGUACGACGCGUGCCGAAGCGCGCGCGCCGCCGGCGCCAGCAUCGAGCAGCUGUGCGACGUUCGCAUGGACGAGGCGACCGAGGACCGGGGCGCGCUGGCGCGGGCCGCGCGCGCCCUGCUCGCCUCGGUCACCCGCGUGCUCCUCCUAGCAGACACCGUCGUGGUCAAGCAGCUUCUCAGCGCUAAAGACAGGGUAUCUAUAAGCUUGAAUCGCCUUGAGAAUGUCGCUAACUUCACGGAGUUUGUGAAGGCAUUCAGCCAGUUCGGCACCGAAAUGGUUGAGCUGGCUCAUCUCACUGGAGAUAGACAGAACGACAUGAAGGACGACAAGAGAAGAGCCCAGAUGGCUUCAGCGAGGAUGAUCCUCGAGCGCUCCACCAUGCUGCUGCUCACGGCCUCGAAGGCCUGCCUGAGGCACCCGGAGUGCGAGACGGCGCGGGAGAACCGCGACACGGUGUUCCUGCAAAUGCGCCGCGCCAUGGACCUGGUGCACUUCGUGGUCAAGGACGGCGUCAUACCGGAGCUCGCCUGCGCCGCCUCCUCUUCGUCCGAGUACCGCCGCAAGGGCGCCCGCAGGGGCUCCUGGCGCCUCGACGAGUUCGACCGAUGCGCCACCGUCCACAACGCCGUCAAGAUGUUCGAGGACCUGGUGGAGACAAUGCGAAUGACGCUGGUGGGGCCCAGCUGCCGUGAGCGGUUGUCGAGUGCCUUAGACGCGGUGGUGGAGCGCACGCAGGACUUCACCGACUCGGCCUACACGUCGCACGAGCACCGGGAGAAGAUCCUGCUGCUUUGCGACAGGGCCAAGCUUGAGCUCAACCAGCUCCUCAGGAUCGGCGUCAGCCUGGAUCAGGCAGGUUGUACGUCUCCCAACGAGGACCUCGAAAACGCAAUCGAGCAGACGCUAAGGGCGACGGCAGACCUCAAGCAGCAGCUUCGCGACACGGCACUGGACCACGCGGACGAGCUGUUCAAAACGAUGGACGAAGGCGAACUGCUCAACCGGCUGAAGAACGCCUCGCUCGCCGGGGAUCACGCCAGGCUCGAGGAGUACGCGGACAAAUUCGCCGAGCACGCCGAGCACGUCCAGGAGGUGUGUCGGCUUCUCUAUCACGUGGCGAGCACAGAGGCCCUCCAGGUGACCGCCAAAAACACGGAUGCAUGUAUCAAGGUCUACGGCUCCCAGGUGGUGAGCGCCUGCCAGACCCUGAGCACGCACCCGGUGAGCAAGAUCGCCAAGGAGAACGUCGAGGUGUUCAUGGAGGUGUGGCAGUCGCUGGUCAACGACGUGGCGUCGAUAUCGCGAGAGGCCAGCCAGCAGUGCCGGCCGCCGGUACAGGGCCCUGACAGCGCACGAUCCGUCUACAUGUCGCUGCCAAGGCCCGGGCGCCACGGCACAACGAGCAAGCCCUUGAAGCCCAUGAAGCUUGACACUGAGUGCAUCAAUUUGCAGGAGCAGGCCAAGAUCGCCAAGCUCGGCCUCGAGAUGAAGCUGUUGACGUCGGAGAUGGACGCCGAGACGGAGAAGUGGCCCGCCGCCGAGAAUGACAUCGUAGGCCGGGCACGCGCCAUGUCUCAGAUGGCCUUCUCCAUGUACCAGUUCACCCGAGGAGAGGGCGACCUCAAGACCACACAGGAUCUCUUCACUCAAGCCGAGUUUUUUGCAGAAGAAGCCAACAAGCUCUAUAAGGUUGUACGGCAGUUUUCAUACCAGGUUCCCACGGGGCAGCACAAGAAAGAGCUGCUUGAGUUUCUGGACAAGGUUCCCACAUUUGUCCAGCAGCUGCAGUUCACGGUGAAGAACCCAACAGUGGGAAAGGCGGCUACAUUUACCAAGGUUGAUAAUGUCAUCCAGGAAACGAAAAACCUGAUGAAUGUCAUCUCUAAAGUGGUCACAACCUGUCUAGUCUGCGCAACAAAGUACAACCUGGACUUCCGUGGCUCAGAAAGUGGCCGGGCGCACUCUCAGUGUGGCUACCAGGACGAGGAGUACAGCUACAGUGACGGAGGCGGCAGCACGGGAUUUGGGUCUAAGAGCGGCCCGGGCACCGUCAGCUCGUCAGACCCGGGCAUCUGACAGUACGGGAUGGGCCCCCGGAGGCCCAAGCAGGACGCCCGCCGCACUAGGGUGUCUUUUUUACUCUUUUAGGGUCAAAAUCCAAGCGGGACUAAGCAGCCGUAGGUAUGGGUUGGCGAUGAGUGGCACAUGUGGCUGCCGACGUUCACCGCGUGCCUAGCCAAUGUGCGCGCGACCUCAGCAGUCGUAUAUGCCCUCUUUGCUGGUUCAGCUGCGGUUCAGUAGUUCUGCCUUGAUCACCGACCCACACAGCAGCAGUGCCUGACAACAUUUGAUGAUUUCACAACUCAUUUUGCUUACAAAAUGCAUGCAUUGGUAACAUAUUGAUCUUUGUUUUGAUCAUAAUAUUUUUCCUGCUUUUGUACCUUACCUGGCUCUAACUAACCCUGUGCCAUACCUCAAAAAGCUACCAACAAAUCUCAGCUUUAUUUUAAACUUCUCUAAUGCUGCACUGUGCAGUGCAUGACCACAUUGUGUUCAUGGUGUUGCUGAAGAACUGCAUGCUGCUGGUCAGUGGUCAGAGCAGAUGUAGUCCUGUCUGCCCCACUCUUGACGUGCGCUGCCCAGUCGCCGGAAAUGAACUAAAGUGAGCUCUAAAUCACGCUACAAUUCCACCUUUGUGCCCGAUGCACCCAAUGUUGAAGUACCCACUGAAUUGCAUCAGUGCUUACUAGGCCUAGGCGCUUUAAGCUUUAGUGCUUUCACCGCUGGGGCACUGUUGACACAAAUCGUUGAAUAUUCUGAACCAUGCCACUGCUCUGAAGUUUCCGAUGCUAAAAGCCUAAUCAACGCAUUCCCACACUUUCCUGAAACUGUGCACUCCGUCUGCACUACCUUUGCCAAAAGAGGCGCCGCAUAUUCUUCCAAAGCAAGAACCGUCAUUAGCCGUUACCAUAACCUUGCUGACCGGUGGUUAAGACUGCGCGCUUGCACGUCAAGUCGUGGGUGGGUUUUGACCCUGAAACGGUUUUUCUUCCCAUUUUCAUUCCUUCCCUUAUUUUAUUAACUAACUACAUCAUUGAACCUUCUCCUUAAGUUACUCAUGUGGCAAGGUGCCAUUCUGUCGGAGCGGGCGACUCUUCACACAAAUAUCUAGUCAUAUUUUAAGCUAUUUGCACUCUUACAUUGAGUAUGAAGUGAAAAAUAUGCCACGUCCUAAAGUAGGCUGCCUCUUAAAGUCGGCUUACUACAUGUCUUACUGGAGCAGUACUAGUAUGGACUGCGAUGUUGAUUUUGUAAACCUUCUGUAUGGAAUACAUGAAUAGGUCAACUACGUAAUUCAAAAUCUGGGGCAACAAGUAGACUUUAAACUAGAAUGAAUAAGACGCAAUACACAUAGUUUGCAGACUUAAGAACUGCCUGCUUUUCAGUCCUGCAAUAGGCAGCGAGGCUCUUGGUUCAAAAUGUUUUCUUCUUCGCGUUUGCACCUCGCUCCAGAGUCAACCAGUUCUGCCUGUGUGGCUUCUGUCACUGUUUCUGGGCUGCAUGUGGGGUUGACUGGAGCAAUAUUACAGUGCCAGCGUAGGGUAAAAUGUCUUCUGGAAUACUGAUCCCGUAUGCUGUAGCGUUUCCGGGAUGCUGCUAGCUAAUGGUUGUUGGCAACUGGCGCUGCUCAGGAUACAUCAGUUUCGUGUCGGUACUCAGUUUGUAAAAAGAAACAAAGCCACUAAAAGCUUGAAUGCUGCCAAAUCUUGGCUGUGUUGUGUCAGGUCUGUGAAUCUCGUGGUGUUGGAGGUUAGCACUAGAGUUGGCCUCCCUCCGAGUUUGGUGCAGGCACAAUAGGAGACCACUUGAAUUAAGCUGCAGCCAAAUGCUGAGUGGCUUCAUUUCUGUUCACAAAGGUUGUGGAUGAUUGAAAGUGAGAAGUUCAAACACGCCUUCUCAAGUAGAAAUGGAUAAGGCCGGGAUAGCAGAGCCUGUUCCCAACAGUCCUCCCAUAUUGUCGUCUUGGUUUCUCAUUCCGUGGUUUUUACCUUCAAGUACUGAAGCCACCUUCGUCAUUCAUGCUGCCAUUUUCUACGGUCAGUGCACGUUGUAUAGCCGCCCCUGCCUCCAUUGUUUCCUGUAGUGAGAAACGUACAAAUUUUCCCAGAGCGUUGGCGUUCUCGAAUGUUCCCCCUACAGUCUUCCGAAUAUCCAGCCUCUCAUCGUGUGGUAGGUAAUGUCGCAACCGAAGACUGUCUUCCUUCGGGAGACGCUUCAUUGCUUCCCGUUUUCUCAUUUUUCCAUGACGUCUUCCCCGACGUUUCCUCAUGGGUGAAACCGAGGUCAUUUCUGUCUCAGAGAGCCAAAGAUAAAAGCAAUAGAUGACUCCAUGUUGCCUUUUUUUCUUCUUCUUUUCUCACCAUGCAGUUGCGAGGGAGUCGAGGCUCGAUAGUUGCCAGGUGUGAAAUUUCAUGUGAGGUGCUUGCACCGUGUGGUUAACAGUGCACUAAACAAUCUCCUGCUUUCAUCACUCCUCCAGCUCUGCCUGAUAUACAGGUCAACAACCGCAUAGCAAGCCAAUAAAUACUUCUGAGCAAGGGACCCGCACUGCACCGCUACAAACGCCAGGAUACUGACAAAGCAACCCUAGCAGGUUUAUAUAUGCUAUUCCAUGUUCGAGCUUCCACUUGCGCCCCAAGAAAUAUGAUGACAGAAUGCAUAACACUGCUGCCUGCAUCAAAACAAGAAUUUUAAAAACAAGUUCGUUGCGGGUUGGCAUCAUAUUGCUGCCAUAUAGUGUAGGCAUGAGGCACAUGUGCUGCUGAUACCAAGAUGUAAUGGGACAUCUUCAAGGUCUAAAGAGGUAGGUACCUCACUUAAAUGUAUCAAAAGAGACGCCUGCCCACAGAGACUAUUCAGGCACCACCACUUGUAAAGCCAUUGUACUUUUUUCCAAUCAUCACAUAUAAUCUGCUGUUGUGGUGACCCACUUCUGGGAAACAGCGACAAGCCCAGAUGCUGAGGCAGUGUGACUCCACUGCCUGCACUGCAACUGUAGGUCACCAAGCAAUGACGUCUGCUUGUGGUGGCCAUUUUGGCCACUGUGCUGAGUGUGCACACAAUAUCUAUGCGUCGCCAAGUGGCGGUGGAUUUACAGGAGAUCCCCCAUACUGGCGACCAACAUGCCCCAUGGACCCCCGUUUGCCAGCGGCCCUGUCUCAUUUCAAUGGGUAGCUUACCGAGACUCAGCAGUGCUUGAGCAACGCGCCCAGGGAUUCCAGCAUGACAAAUGUGGUUGAUCCAGGCCAUGUAGACACUUCACGAACUCCCUACGUGUAGUAUGAGGGUGCAGGAUACUUGCAGUUUAGAGACGAGGCGCUGGAUACUCGUCUGACUCUAUUUCCUUUUUGAUUGUGCCUUACAAGCAGAGCUCAACUUAUGCCCCUACUCUCAAACAUUUUUCUUCUCAGGCACAGUAAGUCUGAUGACAAGAUUUCACUGAGAUGUGUUAACUCUUGUGCUUUGUCUAUGUUCCUCGAAUUCUUUGUGGUGUGCAAGGCAGCUUAAUCUCAUUUGUUAAUGGCUGGAAAGCUGGGGUAUGACACCACAAUGUCACAAGCAAAACAGUUCCAGCUGUCCAAGAAAUCCCUGGGCGUCGAGCUCAUUUUUCUCAAGGCUUUGUGUCCACAAAGAUCUCGGAACAUAACCUUCCCAAUUUCACUGGGUGGUCACAUGGCCAAUGUUGCCAGAGAGUAUGCCAAAAUGGAAAAGGUGGGCUGAGGUAUCGUUGGCACUCUGGGCUCCUGAGAGGGUGCACUGUCUCAAGUAUACAUCAAAGUCAACGUCAAAUCUCCCGAGAAUGCUGAUUUUCUCUCAAGCGCUCGGAUUUCAUUACCUCCAGAUGGAAGCGUCCUCCUGUUAACCUUCUUCCUAUAUACAUAGAUACACACACACACACACACACACAAACACACACACACAUUAUAUACAUAUAGUGCUCACACGGCUCUAUAGGCAGAGAGAGAGAGAGAGAACUUAAAAAAAAAACAAAUGGAGGAAACUGUCGGCCGUAUGCUGUGAUCGUGUCUUCAACGUUGAUGUUAUGUUCCUCUCCUGUCCUCCCGCAUGGAGCAACACGGGCGCAUGCAGCUAGAAAAAAGAAUGCAAAACCCUGCACACAACUUCACGCGAGGUGCAUUCUUGAUUUUUUUUAUGUGUAUGCUUCUUUUCUGAGUAUAGGGUAACAAGCAUUCAAUUUUAUUCCACACCCAAUGCAGGUCCCUGAUGUUCCCUAUACUAAAGCUUAUGCUCCUGUCAAAUACUCAUAAAGGCAACAGCGCCUGCGAUUCCAUUCGAGCAUUGCCGCCCAUUGCCACUACAAAUAAUUGCAGAUAUCUUAUUUGGCAAUAGCAGUUUUCAAGGACGUGUCAGCAUUCAGAAAAUAUCUCGCAAGCCUUUUUCUUAGGUUGCAUACUACAAUAUUCACAAAACCUUGUCAUGGGCACUUUUAUGUUCAUUGCACGAAUGUGAAGGUGGCGCUCAAUAUGCAAAGAGCAUGUCUCGGAUGCAUAGCCUCAAGGAUGCACAUGGCAUGUUUAACUGUGCUUGGGGUGCCUGGCUUGUGCAACUGAUGCAAAGGAAUAUUGCUGCUUGAUAAUACCGGGAGUUGACUGCAAUAAAUGAUGCGUGAAAAAUUGGAUUUAUAAGUUGUGGCCUGGAGAACGGUGCAUCUAAGUUGCAUUCAUUUGCUUUUCAUAGCAUAGAAUGUUGAAUCUGGCUUUUGUGAAUGUGUUCCAGAAACUGUUGUGCUAAACCAUGAAUGUUGGAACACUUUGAUAAAUAGCAGUUACUAAGAGUGAUAGUAAGGUAUGCCAGAUGGGCAAGACAUGAAGAAAGGUGCUCAGUUACCGUAUAGACUUAUUUUUCACAAUUUUGAUGAGGUGGAGCCCUUACACGAGACCAAACGUUUUGGUCAAAAUGGUGUUGGCACAGCCGGCAGCUACUGCAGACCCCAGAUCCCCAAAUGUAUCAUUGCAUCAGAGGUCAACACACAGCUCUCGCCAUCUAGUAGGGCUACGCGGAAGUGCAUGGCAUGGGAAAAUUCGCCAACGCAUGUGCGCAGCACUGGGGCACCACACGCAAUUGCUUCUCCGAUAGAAAUUCUUCUAUAUUUUUUUUUUUUCAAAUUUUGGGCAGCGAAGUUGGGGAUGCAGCCCUUACACGAGUCUAUACGGUAUAAAGACAAAUAAUUACGAUAUUGCCAUUCUGUAUUAUAUACAGAAUUGUUAUUGCGCUUAUUUCGACAGACUGUUACCUAGCAAGGUCCCCAGGGAAGUACUGCAACAAGAUGCAAUAAAGACAGGUCUAAAAGGACCAUCUGAGACAAGCUA